AUGGCAACGGACCUCUUUGAAGACUCAAACUGCAUCUGUUCCUUUGGGAUGAAGUUAACCUGGGAUAUCAAUGACCCCAAGUUACCACAGGAGAACAAACACUUUGAUUGCUUCCAAGAAUGGCCAGAUGGCUACUUGCGAUUCAUCUACUCUAAUGAAGACAAAAAUGCUCAGCGGCAUCUCAGCGGCUGGGCUAUGCGCAACACUAAUAACCACAACUGCCAGAUUCUCAAGAAGUCCUGCCUUGGUGUGGUGCUAUGUGCCAGAAAUUGUACCCUGCCGGAUGGGACAAAGCUGCAACUCCGGCCUGCCAUAUGUGAUAAGGCUCGCCAAAAGCAACAAAAAAAACAUUGUCCAAACUGCAGUUCAGCCACUGAGCUGAUACCUUGCAGGGGACACAGUGGCUACCCAGUAACUAACUUCUGGAGACAUGAAGGCAAGGCAAUAUUUUUCCAGGCCAAGGGGAUACAUGACCAUCCGAGACCAGAGAGUAAAUCUGAGACAGAGGUCAGAAGAAGUGCCCUGAAAAAACAAACACCAUCUUCUCUUUCAGCCCAGAAAAAACGGGUUCUGGAUUUUCAGACAGGACCGUGCAAUGAAAAUGGUAAUCACUUUCACUACUUUCAACAUCUAGCCUGUGAAGAAGGACCAGAAAAAUUCAGCAUAAUUACAGAUACCAGCUUACCACUCCUAGGUCAAUCUCACCAUUUAUUUCAAAAUGCAGAAGCAUACAACAUUACUUAUGAGGCAGCCAGCUUUCAAGGAGAUAUGGUAUCGCCACUCCAGAAGUACCCAAGCCCCAAAAUCUACGCAUCUAAACCCGGUCGUGGCUAUGAAUAUGCAUUUCCUGGUUACAUCAGUUCUACUUUGUAUCCAACAUUUCACAAAGAUCUGAUGGAAAUCCCAGUGGAUACCGAUCAUGUAACACUGAAUGGACUUCAAUGCCAUGUCAACUUGGUAAAUGUCCAGGAAAAGAACUUGGAUGGACUCCAUAUGCAUCAUGGAUUGAAACAGACCGUAGGAGAAAGUAAUAAUGGAGAAAGGAUUAGUUAUGAGCCAUGUCCAGCCAAUGUUAACCUCCCCCAUUAUAGUGAAGAAUAUGCUUGUAGAUAUAGCAGUCAUUCCUCUCUGGAAGUCCCAGCUUUACAAACAGUUAUAACUACAACUACCAAGAUGUCCCUUGAAGCCUACAAGCCUCCCAUGGCGAAGUGUAGUGACAAUUUCUAUGAUGCAAAAGAUCUUCUGAACUCUUCUCUAGCAGAUAACAUUUCUGGAAGUGUCUGCCCAGAGAUCAACUUCCAAGUAGACUGGGGCAUAGGGAAACCCCAUUUGCUUGGUGAGCAUUUUUUGACCAGUAAUGAGACAGAAAAUGCAGCAUCAAUGGAGGCUUGUCUGGAAGGUCCUCCUAACAUAGAAAAAAGUUAUACUGGAUUUGAAGGACAGACAUUCAGAUUUGACAAUACUGAAUGCUAA